AUGCAGCCCGUGAACUCGAUCUACUUGCUGCUUCUGGUCGCGCCUAUCACAACCGCUGUUGAUUCUAACCAACUAAUAUCAGCUAUUGUGUUAUUCCGCCAUGGAGCUCGUGCGCCCACCGACAAACUGUCGAACGACACCUUUCAGCAGUACUUCCCUAAUGGGCUUGGGGAACUGACCGAUGCUGGUAUAGAGAGCAGCUUUGAGCUUGGGAAAUUCCUCAGGAGCAUGUAUGUCGAGACAGGCUUUCUGAAGGAUCCAUUAUUACCCGCACAGGUGUAUUUUCGGAGUAGAGCUAAUAGUCGCUGUCUAAUGACCGCAGCUUUGGUGGGUCGAGGCAUGUUCAACAGUGCCGAGCGAUUAAUCGGUGCUCCCGUACCAGUAUAUAGCCAAGUAAAGGGCGACUAUUUCACUGAAUAUCAAGGAUUCGUCUAUGAAUGUUUGAAACUCCAUAAGAGAAGCAAGAUAUUCCUACAGGGCAAUCAUUUUCAAUGGCAGAACUCUCUCAUUAAUGAGCACCAAAACGGUUUACCGAUGGCUGGUUGGUUCAAUGCCAAUAAAGAUGAAGUGUAUAGAAGUUUCGCCAAGGUUGAUAACUUCAUCGUCGGUUCGGGAGAAUAUCACGAUCCGGCCGUUCUUCGAUUGAAAUGCGGCUUCCUUCUCCACACCAUAUUUAAACACCUGGAAACUAGCUGGGAGACAUUUUACACGCAAGGUUGCCUCGACCGAAAGAACAGACUGGUUGCAUGGCAGUCUCUCAUGGAUGCAAUAGGGAUUCGAUGGGCAGCAGUUCGCCAAUUCGCACCCACCUAUAACUCAAUGAUUAUUCUGGAACUCAGGAAAGUCAACGAUCAACCAGUGAUCAAGGUAUGUCGACAAAUAGGAUUUAUCGCAGUACCCCCAACAAAAGAGGCUCCCAAA